AUGAGCGCCCCCAAACCAAUUCUCAUCUCUGGCGCCGGUCUCGCCUCGCUCCUCCUCGCCCGCUCGUUGCACCGUUCCAAAAUCCCGUUCCUUGUCUUCGAGCGCGACGCGUCAAUUAUCUUCAGAGCCCAGGGCUACCGUCUAAGGCUCUCAGCCCAAGGUCUCGAUGCUAUUGAAGAGGUCCUUGGCCCAACAGGCUUCCAGAAGUUCUACGACGCUUGCGGUAAAACAGGUGGGGCGGGCUUUGCUGCUAUCAACCCAUUGACGGGCGAGACACUGGGCGGGGAUGCUCCAAGCGUGAAGAGCGAGCCUUUGACAAGUAAAGACAACAAGGUGGUCGGCAUCUCGCGCGGUGACAUGCGAAAGUUGUUCAUGGAGGGCCUAGAGGACAAUGUGCGCUGGAAUCGCCAUGCCACAGCUUAUGAGAGGACGGACAAUGGUGUGCGGUUGAUUUUCGCCGAUGGCAGCAAGUCGGAAGAAGGGUCCAUGCUGGUCGGAGGCGAGGGCGUGAAGAGCGCAGUAGGCGCACAGCUGUCCGACGGCGCUAUCAAAGUCUACGACCUUGGAUCGAGGGGAAUACAUGGACAAGCCCCAACGUCUGCUUUCAGGGCAUUGGGUGAAGGCGUCUUCCGAUUCGUCGAUGAUACGUCGCAGCCAAACGGCGGCAAAGUAUUCAUCAUCACCAACGUACGCGCAGGUGAUAUGGACAAGCCCGAUAUAAACUUUGGCUGGACCAUGAUUGGCUCGCCCGGCGUCAUCAAGGCACCCAACGACAAUUACACCAUUACUGGACAGCCUGUUGCACAGAUUGCCAAGGCGCUCACGUCGCAUUGGCACGAGCGCGUCAAACCACUCUUCGAUAACAUGGUAGAGUCUGAAGCGGCCUUCUGGAAGAUUACCUGUUCGUCGCCGGAAGGUGUACCUGAAUGGCCCAACGACCCCCGAGUUACUCUGGUCGGUGACGCUGUGCAUGCCAUGACGCCCGCAGGUGGUAACGGCGCGAACACGGCUGUGCGUGAUUCAGCUCUGCUUGGUCGCCUGAUUGCCGAAGCUUGGGAGAGAGGCGAUGGUGAUAAAUGGGUGGGUGUGACGGAGGCAUACGAGAAAGAGAUGCGAAUAUACGCAACAGAGGCUGUCAAGGCUAGCUAUGGGCAAGCUACAGGGCAGUUCGGUAUUGACCUUGAUCUCAAGAAAACACCCACGAUCAAUGAAUACAUCGCGCCGAACUAA